AUGACAUUAGAGCCAUCGUUCUUAAAGAACAUCAAUCGAAGCACACACUUCAAUCACACAAACAUUGCCCUCUUUGCAGAAAGUAAUGGUGUCAUCUGGCAGCAAUCGCCUAGCCCAGAAGUCGAUGCAGCAUGGCAUGCGCUGACCACGGGAUAUCCAUUCCUGAUAACAGAGGACGACUUGCGCAUCCUCGGAAAAGACCCGGAUCGCUAUAUCAGCGUUCCCAAAGACUUCGGCUAUGGCGACAAAACGUUCAUCACCCGAUUCGCACAUACGCAUAAUAUCCACUGCCUAGACCACAUCCGAAAACGGCUCUAUCGUGAGCAUUAUGGUUAUCCAAACGACACAAUGGAUUGGAUCCACACGAAGCACUGUCUCCACGCUUUGCUAGAUCAUCUGACGUGCCACGUCGAGUACGAUGUCAUGAAUUACAUCUGGGUCGAAGGGGAGCCUACGGCGGAUCCUGAGCUCACUUAUAACCGUCAGUGCCGAGAUCUGGACGCCAUGAUACGCUUUAGUGAGGAUAAUCGUGUUGAUAAAGACCUGCGAGUAUUUUAUAUUCAGCCAGCGGAAGGAGACCAUAUCUUCCCACCAAAUGCAGAGUUCCGCAGGUUAGAGAAGGAGUUCGAUGAGAGCCAUCCGAACCGUCCGUCAAUGGAGGAGCGACGGAAGACUUACCGUAAAGCCUACGAUGAUGCGAUAAGUUACUGGCAGGAAACGGGAGAAGUGCCUAUCGAGGAGAGGGAAUGGUAG